AAAUCAUAUAUAUAUAUAUAUAUAUAUUUUUCGUUUUUAUAUAAUUAUUCAAAUAAUGUUUCAAUAAUUAAUUUGUGUUUAUGUAUUCAUUUUUUGCGGAUACUAUUUUCCCCCAUGUUGGGAUCAUAAGCAGCCAAAUGACCCACAAAAUUGAAAAUUUUCUUUCUUAUAGUGGUGACAAACAUACAUAAAGACAUAUAUGUACCACAAAAUUGAAAGUCAAUCAGCUUUCUCGGUUGGUCUCAAAAUCACAACCAUUCAAAAGAAAUUUAUAUUUGAAUCCUACUCUUGUUUGUUUGUAUAGCCAAAAUGUACAAAGUGACUUAACAUAUCAGGAGAGCCUUGAAACAUCUAUCAAGCACAACAUGGUAACAAAUUUAUUGCCCUUUAUUAGUUUCACCCCUUCUUGUCCCUGUAAAUGGCGUACAGUACCAUCAGCUGUAUCGACCGUAGUCCAAUUCCAAAACCAUUAGGUUCCUGUAAUAACCACCAAUCAUCCACUUUCAACACUCAUUGUACAACGUGGAAAUGGAGAUAUGGGUAGUCAUUCCACUUUAUUCGCGAACAGGAAGAAGGAUCAUUUUAGGGAAGGAUCUAGUUAUUGUUGUCGAGGGUGCUCGGAAGGAUAUAAAGGGUCCAGUUGAGAAAAUCGAGGGAGACAAUGUUCAUACUAGACCAACGGACGGGGGCUAUGCAAAAGCUUUUGGUGUAAGAGAUAAAGAAGUAUGCAAGUGUUUUAACCAUGGAAAGCAUCUGAAGCUGGUCUCUGGUGCAACAGAGAGCUCUGAGUGUGGUAAUUCACUGGCUUCAACGUCUACCCAACUGAGAAUUCCACGUCGUGUUUCCAUUUCUCCAAGGGCUUUUUCUAGGGGUGGCCCUCCCUCAGGAAGGCAUAGAUGAGGUGGAAGAGCAUGUGAUCCUUUGGUUGGUUCAACAGUGACAAUUUGCCAGGGCCCCUCAAAAGGCUACCGCGGACGUGUCGUAGAUGUGACAGGUCCAUCGGUCCGGGUAGAAUUGGAGGCUAUGUUUAAAUGUGUCA